GGGCCGCGCGCCUCCCCGCGCGCCUCGGCCGCCGCCAUUUUGUUGGCGCCGGGCGCUGCCGCCGGGGCGAGAAGGGCUGGGAAUCGCUGGGAAUCGCUCCUCGGCUCCUCCCUCAGCCGCGCCGAGAGGCGGGGACUGAGCGCGGCCCGGCCGGGCCGGGCCGGGACGGAGCGGCGGGGCCCAAGGCGGUGCAGCGAUGUCGGCGUUCUCGGAGGCGGCGCUGGAGCGGAAGCUGUCGGAGCUGAGCAACUCGCAGCAGAGCGUGCAGACCCUGAGCCUGUGGCUCAUCCACCACCGCAAGCACUCGGCGCUCAUCGUCAGCGUGUGGGAGCGGGAGCUGCGCAAGGCAAAACCAAAUAGGAAGCUGACAUUCCUGUACUUGGCCAAUGAUGUCAUACAGAACAGCAAAAGGAAAGGACCAGAAUUUACAAAAGACUUUGCUCCAGUAAUAGUGGAGGCUUUUAAGCAUGUUUCAAGUGAGUCUGAUGAGAGUUGUAAGAAACACCUUGGCCGAGUGUUGUCUAUCUGGGAAGAAAGGUCUGUUUAUGAAAACGAUGUAUUAGAACAACUUAGGCAAGCUUUGUAUGGAGACAGAAAGGUGAGGAAGCGCACAUAUGAACAGAUCAAAGUGGAUGAAAAUAACUGUUCACCUCGAAGUUCUCCCACUGAUCCUCCUCAGACCACAGAUCUCAUUAGAGCAUUACAAGAACUAGAAAAUGCUGCCUCUGGGGAUGCAGCAGUUCACCAGAGAAUAGCUUCCUUGCCUCUAGAGGUCCAGGAUGUGUCCCUGUUAGACAGAAUAACAGAUAAAGAAUCUGGAGAGCAACUUUCCAAAAUGGUAGAUGAUGCAUGUAUGUUGCUGGCGGAUUACAAUGGCAGGUUGGCAGCUGAAAUAGAUGAUAGAAAACAGCUAACUCGAAUGUUAUCAGACUUUCUCCGAUGUCAAAAAGAGUUCCUUGCAGAGAAAGAACAUAAGUUGGAAGAGUACAAACGCAAGUUAGCCAGAGUGUCCCAAGUGCGGAAAGAACUCAGGUCACGCAUCCAGAACCUGCCUGAUCUCUCUCGACUUCCCAACGUCACGGGCAGCCACGUACACCUACCGUUUGCAGGAGACAUCUACAGCGAUGAUUGAUUACCAAACAUCCCCCCCACAACCUCUGCUUUUCUGUGAAAUGAGGAGUAGGCCAGACCGAUCGGUACUCUUGUAGUAUUAUUUUUGUAUAUUGUUGCAGAGUGUCAGUAAAAAUACUUUAAUAAUUUAUAAGAAAUGGUUUAAAAAGUUGAUUUGUUUACUAUUUUAUUGGUGAGUGAACAUAAGGGUACAUUUAUAAAAGUGACAUCUCUGUCUGUUACAUGGAAGAAUGAAUAAUUAUCUUUUGUAAAGAUUUUAGUUGGGUGCCCUGUAAAAAAACAUGCUAAGAUUUUUCUUAUGUACCCUGUAUUUAAUGUAGAUCAAUAUAUAAUCAAAACCUAAUUCUAACUUGAGACAUUUCCGUUGCUAGUGGGAGAGUGAAACGUGGAAAUCACAGGCUUAUGUUUGCAAGAAGGAAGAUGCAAUUUAAUGCAAAGUUAAAAGUGAUCUUACUGUCCAUUACAUUUAGAUUACCCACUCCCAAAACAAUGUGGGUUUUUUGGAAGUAAAUGCUAACAAACAAUUUUCUAUUGGAAAAUAUUAAUCAUGUUACACUGAGCAGAUCUUCAAACUACUCAAAAUACUACAAUAUUUUUGUAUCAUUUAGAAGUCAGCAUGUAGAAACUAUAAAAUUGACCAGUUUAAUUAUGUUUUGAAAUAGUAGCUUUUUACAGCUGCUUAGUUUCUCAAUCGAGGGACCAUUCAUUUCCAAUUUAAUCCCUUUCUAGAACAUCUGCUUCCAUCUAAAAAGGUUAAUCCCAGAAAUGUGAAGCCAUUUUACAGUUUUAAUUAAAUUGAAAGGUCAUUCUCUAAACUAUCUCAGUUGCUAAGUGCCCAUUAUUAAAAUUUGACAAUGUACCAGCCGUACAUGCAACAAAAUGGUGAUACAGCUGUACUGUGCAUCCUCUUCCACUGAGAAACCCUGGAGUCCAGCAUGGGCUACCACCUCCCCACCUUCACCUGCUCCAGCAAAUAUUUCUAAAUCUUGAUUGUCUUUUUCUCACACAACAGGAGGAGACUGUUCAGGCCUGUGUAUAACUCAAACAGCAGAAAACUAUUGCCCAGUUAAAAAACUCUGUUGCAUGGCAUAAAUGUGGUGUUUUUCUGGGAACUGCUGAAUGUUAAGACGUUGAUGGGGGUUCCACGGACGGAUUUGGGUGAAUAUAGGUGAGAGAUCUCUGUUGGUUGCUCUUGGAGGAUAAGGUUUAUUCGGGAUGCAGGGAGGCCCUGCCUCGAGCUGCUAGACACAGCACGUGGCUGGGCCUGAGGUGAUGGGGAGGGGAGAAACAAAAGGAAGAGCAGGGACUCCUGGAGGAAGUUCCAGGAGGAGAGGGGAAGAUCCAAGAGAGCGUCUGGCCCCCUGGAGACCCCUUAUCAGGGGGGCUCCAAGGUGGGCUGGAACAAGACUUGGGCCAAUGGGGUCACAGGCACCUGAUGUUUCAGGGGAGGGUUACAGGUGUGGGGUGAACCAUACAUUUUGGGGGGUGAGAUGGAACAGUCCAUUUGACCUUUGGACCCCUCUGUAGGUAAGAUUGUUGUCCAGCCAGUAGGGGGCAUUAUAUUCGUCCUGGCUGUACUAUUGUGGUUCUUAAUCAUACUUAUCUAUCCUUCCCAACAAUUCUGGAUUUCUGAAGAAUCCUUGUUUCCAUACUAGACAUCAGCUUUUAGGUUCGCUUAAAGAUACAGAUAGGCAUUUAGCACAUUGCCAGAAAGUUACAGCUUUUAAAUCUAUUGGAAUGAGCCAUGUAAUCAUUGAGUGAUUUAAAAAAUGCCUGCCUGUACCUUUGGCAUUUCAAUGACCUAAAAAACCUGGGCUGCAAUUGUUUUGAGUUGGAUAUAUCACAGGAUCGUUUUAUGAUUGCAUUUUGUUUAUGGUUUUGCACUUGUCAGGCAUUGUUUUGUACCAGUUAAGUUCACAGUUUACAAGUUUAAUACACCUCACAUGAAAGCAAAUUUUUUUACAAAAAGCUGUUCUUUCUUUUCAAAACCCACAACAAUACAAAACAGUCUUGGAGUGAAAUUGUUCAAGGUAGUUAUGUGUCACUUGUUACUGGCUUCUACAGGGCUAAUCACUAGAAUACCUACAGGAUGUGAAUGGAGAAUAACCACUCUCUUUAAAAUAGAUACACUUGGGCAUAAGUAACUCAGUCCAGUUACCUUUUCUCGUGGAAGCUGCCAUGAAUUAGACUCAGUUAAGUAGGGAAAAAGCCUGAAAAGAUAGAAAUGCAAGCUGUUGACAUAAUAGUCUAUAGCAUGCAAUGUAGAAUAACAAUUUCCUAAAAAAUUCUGACAGAUAAAUAGGAGUGUGCAAAAUAGUUAUCAGAGCUCACUACAGGUCCAAAAAUUUUAAAGUGUUGAGCGGCAAUUUUCUAUUCCAUAGGAAAAAAAAGCUGACUAUAUUGAAUCCAGAGGAUUUAGUUUAUUUAGUUUAAGUGUAAUAUACAAAAUUAAAUAACACUUACUGACAUCUUUUCAGUGUAGAUUCUUGAUAAGAAAAUGUUCUGAUACAAUUUUAAUGUUUUAAAUAGUUCUGUUCUCGUAUGUUAAACUCAUCACAUAAAUUCUCACAUGUAUGUGCAUUGUAGUUGCAGUUAAAGGUCAGUUUUACUAAAGAAUAGCACCAAAUUUGUGGUAAAUAUUUGUUGCUGUGGAGGUAGGAUGGGAACAAAGAGACUAAUUUAGAAGGUUAGAUGAAGUGAACUCAACUGAUUUAUUUUAAAUACAUUUCUCUUUUUGUAGAGAGCAUCAUGUAGACUCAUUUCAUUGGUCUUAAAGUAAAAACAUCUUACACCAUUGGUGCUCAGUGAAUGAUGCACAGUGGCAGAACAUGCCUAUAAACAAUGUGAACAAGAAAGAUAGAGAAUUAUUUCCAUUCCUUUCCAGCUCUUUCCCAGGCCCAGCCUGGUUGGAAAAGCUCUUUUUUCCUCUCUGACUGAGCUGAGAUUACCCAUAAAUAUUAAACCAGCUUAAUCUAUUAGGAAUUCUAAAACAAAUCAUAAAACAAGAGGCAUAAAUAGUGAGUUCAUGGUUGAAUUCCAUACAUAGAAAUCUUAAUUUGUUCCCAGAGGUGAUCGAUCAUAAGUGCAGUGACAAGGCUUAUUAGACUGUGCUGUAAAAUCUAUGUUGGAUACUCAGAAUCAUAGGGAAUUAAGCUUAAGCAAUCUUUUGCUGCCUGAAUUGAAAUUAGUUAUAAUAAUAAAGUUGACUGCUGAGUUUUCUUGAUCUCUCAACAGUUUAAAAAAAAAGCAUGACACUUACUUCACUGGAUUUGUUUUUCCUAUUCAUAACUCCUAGUGGUAACAUUGCUUAUGUACAGGUAAUGUAGAACUGAUAAAGAGUGAGGAAAAAACCUCAACUUUUUCUUGAUGUAUAUACGUUUUAAUUUUGAGAGAGUGUUAUUUUCGGGGUAUAUUUUUCUUCAUUUUACUGUGAAAUUGUUUACUUCAAGGAGUUUUUCAUUGCUGGGGUUUUGGAAAUGAUCCCUCAAUAUUUGUUUGGAAAAGAGGACUUGUGAAAGGCAACAGUCACUCUUAGAGCAAGUGUCAUAUAUUAAUGGCUGAAUGGUACGCUGGGUUUUUUUUUAUUUAUAUGGGAAAGAUGUCGGGUAUCAAGUAGUUAGGAGAUUUAUACUGUAACUGUAAUAGUAUAGCAGGAGAUAGCAUGGUACAGUACAGAUGCAGCCCUGUAGUGUCAAAAAAUACCUCCAAAUUCUCAGGUUCCAAAGCUUAAUGUACAUACUUCUGACAUCUCAGGAAGAAAAGAGGCUGGGUGGGGAAGGGUGGGGUGCCGAGGAGACAGAAGGGAGAACAUGCCUGGGUGGAAAGGUAAAGCAAACCACAUGUCAGCUUCCAUCGAAACAAAUAACUGUGAGAUUGGGCAGCACAAUGUUUUACCUGUAGGUGGGAUUGUACCACAGAACUGCUUUGGGGUGUUGCCAUCCUGGGAAAGAAAAUGUGUGGGCAUACCCUGCCUACCUCUUCUAAUGUGGUCUGGCUCUAGGCAAUACAGAAUGCCUGCCCUACAAAAGGCACAAUUAUAAAAUAUCUGAAUAUUUUUCAUCUAAUAAUAAAGGCAUAAUAAUUAGAGUAUUUGCUUCACUAUAUUGCACUUUUAUUAAGCAUUUUCUGAAAAAAAAGCAAAGAGAUUCCUGCAGCACUUUGCCAUAUGAGAAUGCUUACCUUGGAGGUCACUGGGACUGCUUGUAUGUAUAUUCUAGUGUUUGCAGACUCAAACUGUGUUUUUUGCAGAAUUUUUUGAGAUGCCAGGAAUACUACCCCACUUUUGUGGUUUUAAAAAUAAAUGUGAAGUCCUUAGUUACAAAAAUUGUCAUUCUUAGAAAUUAUGUUUCAUUACUUCUUUUGGAAAUUAGACUACAGCCUGCAAUAAUAUUAGCUUGUCUAACUCACUCUGUUAAUGUUUGUAUUAGUAUAUUAAAGCACCUCUGUUAAUCCCUAGCAACACAGUCCAAACCACAUGCUUAUUGUGUAUUUUAUCCGAGUAGUCUUCUGAGUGUCAAAUUGAGAGCUUUCAUUAUGAUGAAAUUACAUUCCUGUUUACCUGAAGCUUAAGAAAACCAUUGUGUUAGAACUUGCACAGACUAGUUCUGCUUUCUCAAGUCAGUGGUGACUCAGUCUGGUACUUCGAUGAUGACCCUAAACACAUAUGUAGGAUGUAGUAACCAGCGGUGCAGAUGACCAUGGAGGAUGUGGAAAUCAUACAUAGGCUUGGUUGGCUCUCUGCAGAAGAGCCUUUUGAAACAUAAGGAAAUAGAUCUGUGGGUGUGGGGUUUUUUCAGUGGGAAAAUCAGUGAAAACCAGCACAUCUAAAAUUUGAUGGUUAUAUUUACGAAUAUUUAGGCCAGUUCUGCUCAUUACAUUUAAUCACAGUGAUUAUUCCUGCAAGUAAAGAAAGCAGACUCAAACAUAGUGUCUGAAGUGGAAUUUUUUUCUAAUGAAUGACCAAUUUUGUCUCGGCUCCUAUUUCAGUGUGUCAUUUAUCUUGAUUAAGUAGUAAAUCUCUUCCAUCGUGUUAUUUAGGAAUCUAAUUCUGACUUCAUAUCUACAAUAGUUGAAGUAUCCUACCAAGCAUGAUGUUUUUGUGGGAAUUUGCAAAAGUUCAAUAGCACUCAUUACUUGUUUGCAACAGAAAUAGACUUAUUUGUUAAAAGCUGACAAGAAAAGUUUGAAAUGUAAAGACUUUUCAUUAUUGUGCUUUUCUGACAGAACCUGUAAUCCUUGUGUAAUUUAUGUCCUCAGAAUAACACCUAUAUGUACGCUCUUUCAUAUUUAAUAAAACAUUGUUGUAAAAACA